UGCGUGGCUGGCCGCUGUCUUUCCCCAUCAUCGCGCCUUCAAUGACUUGUACCGACUCCGAAUUCUUCACCCACCUCUCUCCCUCCGCCGCCUCUAUUCUGCAAACUCAAUGCCGUUGAUGUGAUUCACCAGGAAACGGGAUCCUCUUCCUGACUAACUAACUUGGAGCUUAUUAUCGGAGUGUUUGGGAGCAUCAUGUGGAGGAAGGCGUCAGCAGCGGCCCUGCUGGCAUUAGCUGUUGGCUAUUUCUACCAUAGCAGCCCAGACCUGCCAGAGCAGAUUCUGCAGUAUAUCAGCCUUCCAAACUUUCAGUCAUCAUCUCAGAGCCACAACAGCCUCGAGCAGGUGAUCUCUGCUGCCUGGGAGAAUCUGAUAACUCUGCCGACCCGGCAGUGGAGCAAAGUGGCAGUAGGGGUGAAUGCCUGUGUCGAUGUGGUCGUGUCAGGGGUUGGACUGCUGCAGGCUCUGGCCGUGGAUCCUGGCACAGGCCUAGAUCACGAAGUUUUGCACUCCAAAGAGGACUUGAAGGAAGCCUUCAUCCAUUAUAUGGGGCGUGGAGCAGCUGCAGAGCGCUUCUUCAGCGACAAGGAAGUCUUUCAGAGGAUUGCACGUGCAGCAGCAGAGUACCCCGGUGCGAAGCUGUAUGUGGGAGGCAAUGCUGCCCUCAUUGGUCAGAAGCUUGCCACCUACCCUGAUCUGAUGGUUUUGUUAUGUGGACCCGUUGGUCCUAAACUUCAUGAGAUGCUGGAUGAGCAGAUAGUUGUUCCCCCAGACUCUCUGCAGGAGACGGAUGAAUUUCACCUCAUCCUGGAGUAUAAAGCAGGUGAACAGUGGGGUUCAACUCGGGCACCUCAAGCCAACCGCUUCAUCUUCUCUCAUGACGUGUCUAACGGGGAGAUGAGCUCGCUGGAGACGUUUGUAGCAAGUCUGGAGGACUUUCAGCCUGACCUGGUCGUCCUGUCUGGGCUCCACAUGAUGGAGGGUCAGGGCAGACAGCUGUGGGAGGAGCGACUGAAAGAGGCUGUGUCAGCCAUAUCUGACAUUCGUAAAGAUAUUCCCAUCCACCUGGAGCUGGCCAGCAUGACCGACAAAGACUACAUGAACAGCAUCAUGCAGGAGCAGGUUUUGCCCAUAGUCAGCUCCAUUGGGCUGAACGAGCAAGAGCUGCUCUUCCUCUCUCAGGCUGGUGGCGGACCUCAUGCAGACCUGGCUGCCUGGAAGGGCAUUCCGGAUGUGGCCCGAGUCAGCGACAUCCUCCUCUGGAUCCUGGAGCAGCACGGGCGUAGCGACCCAUCAUCUGAAGCGGAACUAACUCGUAUUCACUUCCACACACUGGCCUACCACAUCCUGGCUACAGUGGACGGAUACUGGGGGAACCAGGCAUCAGCAGUGAUGGCUGGAGCCCGAGUUGCCAGCAGUCAGGCCUGUGGUCUUGAGUCUGUUGACGUUAGCAAAGUGGAGCUCAAAGCCCCACUAGAGUUUCACAGCUCACACAGUGAGCCGCGAGAGAAGCUGUCCCUAAACCCAGCAGAGCCUGCUGCUGUGUGGCGCAGAGGAAACGUCACCUUCCACCUGACGCCGGUGCUGGUCUGCAAACAGCCACUUCGGACAGUAGGGCUUGGCGAUGCCAUCUCAGCAGAGGGACUAGUUUACUCAGAGUUGAAGACUCAGCAGCCCUUCUGAGGUUUGCUAGAAGCUGACACUCCAUUUGUCUGGAAAACGUUAAUGAAAAACCACACCUGCAGCUGUGGUUGUUGGGUUGGAGUCGUGUUUCUAAACUUGUUCAGAACCUCGGUGUCCUGAAUCAGGUUCUGUGUCUUCCUUCCUGAAGCUCCACUGAGUUUAGUAAUGUGAUCGAUGGUGAUAGUUUUAAAAUUUUGCCUGAUGACUCCUCCAGCCUGCUCCGGCCCUCUCUGUUCUCCCUCCUCUAAUCUUCCAGCAGACACAGAAACUGAGGCAGAGCUUUACAGAAGUGGACCGGGCUGUGAGGUGGCCAGACUCUAUGCACUGGGUGCAGCUCAAAGCCAUCUUCACAAACUCCAAAGAGUUUUGUUCACCAGGCUCACCUAAUUUACUUUGACCUGCCUAUCUUCAGUAUGCUGUGCCUUGAGAAACGAAAUUAGAAAUUUUUAUUAUUAAAUAUCUUAUUCAUAUUUCAGAGCAAAACUAAAACAAGCUUAAGCAUCACAUCAGUUACCCUUCUCAGAUAGCUAUAUGUGCACACACAUAAACAAUUGUGUUUGACUGGAAACUGAUGAGCGUCUUACUAUAUGGUCGAAUCUAAGUGGUAUUCUUGAUAUUCUGUGUUUCUUAAACUUUUUGUAUAUUCACGUCAAAUAUUUACUAGAUCACUGAAACCUCAUUCUCCCAUGGAUAUCUUGACUUCUUUACGUGUAAUAACUGUUAUCGAUAUACUUGACAUUUUUGUUAUUUGUCCUGAAUGGAUCAAAAUACUAGCAAAUGUGACAAAGUGUGUGUUUUUUCAGUUUUUUGGUCUAAACACUCCCACUAUAAAGAUGUUUGGAAACUACGUGGCACAAACAACAGUUGUUAUAGAGUUAUCAUAAUCUCUGUUGGCUGCUCUACGUUAUAAGUUCCUGAUCCAGCGUCCGUAUACAUUUUUGAUCAAAUAAUGAAAUGUUACGCUUAUAAAUGCAAAAUUAAAUGUGGUUUAGAAGGUGAUCUUUUAUUUAUGCAGUAAAGCUCAGUUUACACUCAGAUGCCAGCUUGUUCACCUAAAGGUUCCAUUUGCAAUUAAAGGUAAAAUAUAAUUCCUAAAAGAGGCAUAGGACAUAUGUUAUCAGGGUUACUGUACUUGUUUGUUUACUUUGUACAGCAUUUCAGUUACUGCUUUUCCUCACUUAUAAAAUGUGAGUAUGUAACAUGAUCGGCUAGAAACCCUUAAAACUGGCCAGUGUAACAUACUGUAAGAAAAGCUUCCUGAUUUAAAUUCUAGCGUAAAAGUUCAUUAUGCUUUUUCAUGGGUUCGUUGUUUUUAGCUUGCUUGGGAACGCCUACAUCAUGUUAGAUGUAUAGUAUGAAACUGUCAGAACAAUGUAUUUGUAUACCUCACAUGGCUACUGAAGGCAUGCGAUAAUGGAGUCUUAAUGGAAACGUACAACAACAAAGAUGUAUAGCAUUUUGUUUAGCAGAAUUAAUUCUUUGCACUACUAGGAAGUGGCAGGUGUACCUGCAAAGGUGAAUGUAACCUUAACUCCGAACCCCCCUUUUAUUUUUUAGCAAUGACAAUCUAUUCAAUUUUCCUCAUUUCAUAGUUUGCGUCUCAUGUUUUUAACAUUUGUAACUGUCAACAAGUUUCAUUUACUUGUAGUUUGUCAUUAAAAUAUGUACGGAGAGUA